AUGUAUGUCACUUUUACGCAAGAUUUGGAUAAGGCGUUCAGUAAUCUAGAAAGUACAACCAAUGACUUUAAAGUAAGUGACCCUAACAUGGUGCCAACACCUCCUAUGGAUUCGGAUUCCGCGGCUAUAAGUUUGGCAUUCCUAAUAAGUCUCUCGAUCACAUUUGCAAUAUUGAUGCUUAUCUUGAUAGUAAUCGCUGCAUAUGUUACCUUUUGUGGUGACGAUGAGUCAGAAUAUGAUGAAGAGAAUGCUUUGGGUACACGAACUUCAGGAACUUUACAUUCUUUGUUUGGAAAGAAACAUAGCGGCAUCUUGCUGGAUUCCAGCUUUGCAUCUCCGGGUGGGUUUGAUGACGAGAUCGCUCUGCAAGAAAGAGAACUCGAAGAGUUGCCAAAGAUGUCAGCAUAUGAGGUUGAACUAUAUAUAAGAACGAAAGAAUUUCAGAUGAUGAGCCCGCCAAUGGUAAAGGAAUUUGGAACGUACUUGGAUAAGGACGAUCAGCAAUUCAUUAAGGAUCGUGGUAUUCAAAGUUACUUCUUGUUGCCCAGUAUAAAUGAUAAUAUAGACGAAUAUGGAAACUUUCUGCCUAGUUUUAUUGUCCAAGACAAACUAGAUAUACAAUUUUCAAAAUUCAAUAAAAGCUCAUCCACAGUAAUGAAUUAUCCCUUGCCCCACAACAAGAAGGACGCGGUAUAUUUCGAAGUGAAGGUUUUCAGACAUAUCCCAAAAUCCAAUAGCAUUUUCAGUAUAGGUUUGACUACCGUUCCAUAUCCUUAUUUUAGGGUACCCGGUAUGGCUAAGUAUUCCAUCGCUUAUGAAUCCACAGGUAAAUUAAGAAUAAAUGAUCCUUUUAUCGCCAGUACAUUAUUGCCAAAGCUGGAGGAAGGUGACACUGUAGGAUUCGGUUACAGAUAUAAAACAGGCACUAUCUUCAUCACACAUAAUGGGAAAAAAUUAAUGGACGUAACACAAAAUAUCGGUAUUGAUCUUUUCAUUGGAAUUGGGGCAUUUAAUGCCGCAUAUACAAGAACAUACACAAGGGACGGGCUAUUGGAAGACCCAGAUAAUGUCAGCCUCCGUGAAGCUCUGUCAGAAGGUAAAGAUAUUGAAGUUACCAAGGAUCUUCAAAGAGUUCAUGAUCCACAUGACGAGAGUGACGAAAUGACAUCUGAUGAAGUUGAAUUACACGUUAACUUAGGUCAAAUUGGAUUUGUUUUUAUAGAAGCGAAUGUGAAAAAAUAUGCAUUUGGAAGCGUUUAUGGACAAAUCGGAAUUCCUCCAGCUUAUAACGGAACUGAGAUCAACAAGGAUACGAUCUUACAAAAGGGGGAAGAGUUACCACCCAGAUAUGCUGACGCUGACAAUUUUUUCGGUAAACCGCAAGUGAGAGAAGGCUCGUCUGCUGGAAUAAUAGCUCAGACAAGUAGAUCCAAGCACUCGAUUGGGACGUAUGAAAGGAUAUCCUCUAAUUUCGACAGAGAAAACAAUGUGUACGAUGAUAGUCUUGACAUCAACUACAACAACGGUAGCAAUAAUGACGAAAAUGCAGAUUACAAUGAAACUUCUCCGUUAUUAGAAAAUGCCAGUACUAAAAGCUCAGUAAUCAUAAAUACCCCUUCUGAAAUAUCCGGUGGAGCUACCAAUAAGAAAUCUAUAAACAAAUCUAGCAAGAGACGCGAAAAGAACAAAGGUAAAGGCUCCAAAAAGAAAAAGAGGUCUAGAAGAUAG